GUUUACGGUGGCAAUCCGCAAUCGCACGCCCACACAACCGGGCAUGGUAUCUACAUAUCACAGAUGCGGAUACAGAUACUCGUAUCUAGAUGAGCCCUCUUUCGCCACCAGAGCUCGGCUCUUGUUUAUUCGAGUUCCGAACAGCAGCCGAGCCGGAGGCAAAACCUUGCGCAUAACGAUAACCCAUCCAGGAUCCACUCUAUAUACGAUCUAUGCUCGCUCUCUCUCUUUCUCUAUAUAUAAUCGCAUAUAUAUCUUUUGUUCAGUGUUCGUGUCGUGUACAAAGUGAAAGCCCCUUAAAAAAUAGAAAAAAAAAAGAAAACAGCCAGGGAGCAAAGCAUAACCAAGACAAAAUAAAAUGUAAGAGCCGACCGCAAAGCCCAAAAGAAACUAAACCUAAAAAAAUAAAAAUAAAAUACAACACAAAAAGGCAGCAAACCAAUGCAAAUGAUCGAAAAUAUUGUGUUACAGAAACCGAAUUAUGAAAUUCCCACGUCGGUGUAAAGUGAGAUGAUUUGAGGUCUGUGUUACAAAUCCUUUCCCGUGCCGUCGCCCCAACAUCAUGCUCGACAAAUUCAACACACACGCAUUCAUAUCGUUUGGACUGGGAUUCAUACUGAUGUGGCUGAGCGAAGCCACGGAAGCCCACAUGAACUACACAGCCAAGCCGCGAGUAGUUCUUCCGCCUAAUUAUGUCAAGGAGAUACGACCGCCCUCGAAGAAGGGCUCCCCAGUGAUAGUAGACUUUAGCAUAUUCGUUGUAGAUAUUAACUCAAUUAACGUAGAGGAUAUGGACUUUAGAGUAGACAUGUUUAUACAUCAACGCUGGCUGGAGUCGCGUCUGGAGAUCCCAGAUGACAUAUUCGAGGAGGGCGACGACUACGUGACGCUGCUUCCAGAGGUCUUUGAGAAUUUUUGGCAGCCGGAUCCGUACUUUCUCAAUUCCAAGAUUGCCGAAAUAGCGACACUGACCCACAAGUUCACGUCGGUGACGCUCUACAAGAACAAGACGGUGCGGUAUGCGGCCCGGAUGCACGCGAUCAUCGCCUGCCAGAUGGAGUUCCAGCUGUACCCCAUGGACAUCCAGGUGUGUCCCAUCUACAUCGAGAGCUUCUCGUCGAACAACCAGAAGGUGAAGCUACGCUGGUCGGACUCCGGCGUUACCCUCAAUCCGGAGCUGAAGCUGCUGCAGUACAAUCUGGGCCAGCCCUUGGAGCUGGAGGAGAGCGACGGCUACAUGCCGGAGAAGGUGGGCAACUUCUCCCGCCUCACAGUGUACUUCCGCUUUGAGCGCCAGAUUGGCCACCACCUCAUCCAGACUUUCGCCCCCUCCUCGCUGGUGGUGAUGCUCUCCUGGUUCAGCUUCUGGCUGGGACUGGACGCCAUUCCGGGCCGUGUUACGCUGCUGGUGACCUGCAUGCUGACCCUGGUCACCAUGUUCACGGGCGCCGACAUUCCGCCAGUGGCCUACGUAAAGGCCCUGGACCUCUGGAUGGCCGGCUGCAUGCUGUCGGUGUUCGCCGCUCUGGCCGAGUUCGUGGUGGUGAAAGUGCUGGACGUGCAGUACCAGUACCAGGUGAACCGCAUACCCAAGCGCAUCAGCAACAUGGAGAAGGGUCAGUGUGCGACGGUGGCCAGCUGGGAAGGAGGAGCGGUGCGCUCGCGGAAAGCGACCCAGACGCCCACGACGCCGGGCCAGACCUCGCUGCAGGGGAAUGGUGGACCACCAAAGCCGGCCAGGCGUCAGAGCCUUCUAUCUGUGGCCUGGACGGAUACGGACACUGGCGUGGAGAAGAUCAUGUGGCGCGAGAUCGACAAGGUCUCUCGCGCCGUGUUCCCCAUUCUGUUCUUUGUUUUCGUACUCCUGUACUGGCCGAUACUGCUGAUGAAGUCGUCCUAGGAUUUGGGGAGCUCCAGACUGCACAUGUCUGGACUCCGUUAAAAAGUCGAACGACCGCGAACCUGAUGAUGGAACUACUACUGAACUGG